AGACCUUCUCCCUCACUCACCCACUCAAUCAAUCUUUUGUGCCUCGGUUUGAAUUAAUCGCUUGAAUUAAUUGUUUGGAUUAAUUAUGGUUACAUUCAACCAAGAUCUGUCUCACUUACCAUCCAAAGAGCCUCAAUUUGAAUCAUAACCCCAAUUCAACAAUUCCUGUGUCAUUGGGAACUGGGAGGGAAACAUAUAAUGUUGAUUGGUGGUCCUCGAGCCGCACGGCUAUGUCUACGGCAUGCUGUUGUGACCCGCCCGAGACUCUCCCAAACCAGUCCCACGAUACGAAGAAUCACCCCAACACCCUCAUCGCAAUACUCUCUCCCAUUGCGCAACUCCAGACCUUUCACAAUAUCACGACCGCUCUUCGUCGGCCCCUCCAAAACACCAGAUCCAAUCAUUCCCGCCGCCGCUACCGGAACGACGUCAAUUCCUCCCGUCGAACCUCCUAACACCAACCCUACCACUAAUGACUCCGACAAAAUAGAACUACGCCGCCGACGUCGUCGCGCUAUUAAACAAGCCGCCUUCUUCCUAGCCAUAGGCCUACUCCUCGGCACCGCCCUCCGCCUAACCCUCCAACCGCCCUCCUUACCCCUCCCCGACUCGCCCGAAGACCUAUACCUAACAGCCAAAAUCCACGAACAGGGCGCCUCCCUCCCAAUCGUGCGCACGCUAUCCUCCGAUCCCGCCUGGACAAGCUGGGACGCCUACUCCGGGCUACAACCCACCGCCUCGCAGCCCCUCAACCUAAUAAAAUCGCGCAUAACCUCCGGUCCUCUCGCCGGGGCACGUGGUCUCGCCUUUCAGCGUAUAUUUCGGAACGCAGCAACAGGCGAGGUCGUAAGCGUCGUGUAUUUCGGACCGGGGUUAGCGGGCUGGCCAGGUAUUGUACACGGCGGCGCACUAGCCACGAUAUUGGAUGAGAGUCUAGGACGAUGCGCCAUCUUGAAAUUCCCUGCGCGCACGGGAGUCACUGCCCGUCUCGAGCUCGCGUAUCGCUUCCCUACCAUGACAGCUGGUUUCUAUGUCGUGCGCGCUAAGCCUGCGGUGAGGGAGGGCGAGGAUCCGGCUAAGAGCGAUCGUAAGAUGUGGGUAGACGGCACAUUAGAAACUCUCAAGGGGCGAGUUUGCGUUGAGGCCAAAGCGUUGUUUGUAGUACCUAGAGAUGUCAAACUCAAGCCGCUUGUCGAAAAGUUCUAAGUAGGACAUAUUAAGGGGCGUCACCUUUGAGCAGAUAUACAUACCUAUUCACACAAACAACCCUGUAAAGAUAUCUACUCGAAGAAUCUCCACCCGGAAUGUAUUGAAGCUUCACGUAGCAUGGGUAGGCGUUUAUCACAAUCAGGUCGUAGAAGAUGAUAUCAAAUAAUAGAGCAAUCAAAAUAACAUUCGCUAAGAGACUAACUAAUCUAUAGUGCUAGCAAACGCUAAGCCUUAUUGGCGACUUUUUUUUUUUUUUUUUUU